UGCGCAUUUUAUGCGUCCUUCCCCUUGCCCUAGUGGCCUAGAUUUUCACUUAUAACCUUUACAACACUUUAUUUCAUCAUUGUACCAGAACCAGUUUGAUUUGUAAAUGUGUAUUUUAUACAAAUUUCCGAAUAUUUUUCGACUGCAAGUUCAACGUAUUUUAAAAAAGAUAGUACGCGAUGAUUAAACAAAAAUCCGUCGGUAACACGACAAUAAUUCAACCUUUUGAGGAAUUCACUGAUGAAAAAUGGAAGCAAAUAGCACAAGAAGAGUUGAAGGAAACUCCCGAAAAAAGCAAACAAGAAAUUACCACUUUGAAACGUUUAUUAAACAAUGAUAGCAAUUUAGUGGUACCUGAUGAUGAUGAAUUUUUAUUACGAUUUCUACGUGCGCGAAAAUUUGAUAGUAAAAAAGCUUUCAACAUGCUGCAAAGAUAUUAUCUGAUGAAACUGAAGUGUCCACAACUGUUUCAAUCUGCAUUGCCUUCUCAAAUUGAUAACGUCUUCGAAUUGCAAGCACAAACAAUGCUUGAAAAUCGUGACCAAUUUGGACGACGUGUUUAUGUAAUCCGAGUAGAUAACUUCGAUUCUACGAAAGUGACUGUUGAGGAAAUAUUUCGAACAAACAUGAUGGCGCUUGAACAUAUUGUUCGUGAACCAGAAACACAAAUUGCUGGGUUAGCAAUUCUGUUGGAUAUGAAUGGCCUUAGUUUAAAUCAUGCCAAGUUUUUUACUCCGUAUUACGCAAAGAAAAUGGUUGAAUUGGUACAGGAAACGUUCCCGUUGCGUUUUAAAGGCUUCCACGUUGUUAACGAACCAUUUUAUUUUGAUGCUGUCAUGGCUGUGCUCAAACCAUUUUUAAAAGAAAAGAUUAGAAAAAGGAUUUAUCUUCAUGGUAGUGAUUUAAACUCGCUACACGCUUUCUUUUCGCCGCAAAUGUUGCCCAAAGAAUAUGGAGGUAAGCUUGGACCGUUUGAUAAUAAAGCAUGGCGGAUUGCGCUUUUGAAAGAUGAAGAAUAUUUUAUGAAUAUACAAAACUAUGGAUACGUAAAUAGUCGACCGGAAGAAACUGUUGACACUGACGAUGAUUUAUUAAAGUAAUUGUUGUGCAAUGAAUUUUCUUUAUGCAGGGAAAAUCUUCGAAUCUUCGGAAAGUUUUUAUCAUUUUACUCCAUGGUUUGCUUUCACUCAAGAUAUUAUUUGAAUGAGAUAGGCAUGAUAUGAGAUAGGUAAUAUUUUCUGUAGAUAAGUACAAAUUUGCAAUAUGUUAAAUAUUACUAGAUAAUGAAAUAUAACAAAUGCAUGGAAA